AUGGAUGAUGAGGGGAAAAACUAUGUUACUGCAGAAGUAUCUGAUACGUUGGAAUCAGUUUCUUUUCUGAACAUAGCGGGCGUAUCACCUUUGAAAGUCUUCUUGAGAGUGAAGCCCUUUUCUAUAGCAGAGCUUGAAAGCCAUGAAUCUCAGGGUUGUGUAACUAUUGAAGAUCCCCAGACAGUAAUUCUUAAUGCACCCAAAGAGUCUUCUGCCAUGAAAAACAGUGAAAGAGGGAUUGGUCAUUCUGUGCACAGGUUCACCUUUUCUCAGGUCUUUGGACCAGAAACUACUCAGAGCGAAUUUUUUGAAGGCUCAAUGAAAGAGGUCGUAAGAGCAUAUGUUAAUGGAGUGAAUGGACUGGUGUUUACUUAUGGGGUUACAAAUGCAGGCAAGACAUUCACUAUCCAAGGGACUUCAAAAGAUUUUGGUAUUUUACCUCGCUCACUCGAUGUGAUUUUUCACCACAUAAGGGGAAGACAUUACCUGAAGAUGAACUUCAAACCAUAUUUGAGCAACGAUGUUAAGAAACUAGAAGAUGCACAAGUUAAGCAAGAAGAAGCCAUAAAAACUGCUAUUCUUGCAUCACUGAAAGAGGAGACAGAAAGCAUCUCAAAUACUAUUACAAAUAUAUGCGAUGCGGAGUCAGCUUCUUCCAACUGUACUUCAAAAAGUCUUCCUUCUGACUCACUAGCAGAGAACAACUUUGUUCCACUUGACAUACAUAGGAUUAAUACACACCAAAGAACACAAGCGUCUGUGUGGAUUUCCUUUUGUGAAAUUUAUAAUGAAUAUGUGUAUGACCUAUUAAAUGUAUUAUCUACAUCAAAAACUCAGAAGCGCAGAGUCUUAAGAAUUUGUGAGGAUCAAGGAGGAAAUUCUUAUAUUAAAGACUUAAAGUGGAUUAACAUUCAGAGCACUGAAGAAGCCUGCAAAAUACUAAAAAUAGGAAACAAGAACCGAAGCUUUGCUUGUACUAGAAUGAAUGAGCAAUCAAGUAGGAGUCACAGUAUAUUUUCAAUCAGGCUACUGAGGCUAACUGAUGAGCAUCAGCCGUGUGUUCUUGGAGUUUCCGAGUUGUCUUUCUGUGACUUGGCUGGAUCAGAGAGGUGUAAUAAAACACAAGCCUUUGGAGACAGACUAAAAGAAGCAGGAAAUAUUAAUAACUCUCUUCAUAUCCUUGGAAAAUGCAUUGCAGCAUUGAAGCAAAAUCAAAAUCCAAAGAUGAAGCCAAGCUAUAUUCCAUUCAGAGAGAGCAAAUUGACUCGUCUGUUUCAGCCGUUCUUUUGUGGAAAAGGCAAAGCUUGUAUGAUUGUAAACAUUAAUCAGCAUGCUUCCACAUAUGAUGAAACACUACAUGUAAUGAAAUUUUCAGCUAUAGCCAAACAGGUAAUCCAGACAAUCCUACCCAAAAAUUUUGGUUAUUUUCCACCCAAGCUAGUUGGAGGCAACAGCAAACCUAUCAUGCACUUUGACGCUAACACAUCUGUGGAUGACUUUCCUGACAGUACUGAAACUUCCGCAGAAGAGGAAGUGGACAUCACCAUUCUGAGUCAUGAGGAUCUCUUGAAAACUACAGAGAACCUAAAGGAGAAGCUAGUGGCAGAAAGGCAAAGUAAACUCCUUCUGGAGGUGAAGAUACGUAGAGAGAUGGCAGAAGCAAUGUUCCGACAGCUGUUGGAAACAGAGGAAGCCUGGAGCAACCGCUUGGAGGAUAUGAAAGACAGUUAUGAAGAAAAACUGGAGAGCAAAUUUGAAAUGUAUAAAGAGGCCAUCAAGAAACAUGCAUAUGUGUGUGCAAUGGAACAAAUUGAAGACCAUUAUGUUCCCAUAGAAGAAUUUCUAGCUGAACAAGAGAAAGUUGAGGAUAGAGAGAGUAAAAUACUGCAAUUGGAAAGGCAACUUGAUGAACAGUCAGGGAGGCUGUUGGCUCUGGGAAGUGAGAAUUCAGAUAUACUGACUACUGAAAAUAACAUGGAACUAGAUCGUAUGAACAAGAUGAUGAGGAGAGCCAAUGAAGGAUUGCAGAAGCAAUGCAAAGAGAAAGAAGAGCUUAUAAAAUCUCUGAAGUUUAAAAUACAGAAAUUAAAUGAAACCCUGCUAGAAGCUAAUGAAGGCUAUAGAAAAAUGGCAGAAGAGAACAGUCAACUGAAGCAUACAAUCAUGCUCAAGGAUCAAGAAAUGAAUAGUCUUCAGAACUGGGCUAAACGUGUUCUUGAGCUUGAAGAAACAGUGUCUUCCCUGCAAAAAGAACUUGACGAACGGAAAAAGCAUUUCUCUACAGAGGAGCCAAAACAACAAAAACCCAGGAGAGGUUUGUUGGCUAACCUGAAAUCCACAGUAGCAGCCACUGCUAGUACACCUCUUGGUAAAGGCUGGGGGAAGUAUGAAGAUGCUUCAUCCUCUUCGAGAAAACAAGUACUGUUGGCUCAUAAAGCAAAAGAAUAA